AAGAUCUGGUUGUUUGAAAGUGUGUAGCACCUCCACCUUCUUUCUCUCUCUCUCUCUUCCUCUCUCUACCUCUCUCUCUCUCUACCUCCGCCUCUCCUGCCAGCCAUGUGAAGACAUGCUUGCUUCCCCUUCACCUUCCUCCAUGAUGGUAAGCUUCCUGAGGCCUCCCCUGCCAUGCCUCCUGUACAGCCUGCAGAACUACUCAGGAACUUCAAAUGCGCUAUCCCUAUGUGUAUUGAUUAUAUCUUCAUCAUGCUCAAAUUUGCUGUUGAAACACCCUCUGCAGACAGUGUGUCGUUGCCAGCUCAUUGCUCUUAUAGCCUGUGAAGGAGGAAGAAAGAAACAUUUGCCAGCCAGGCCAGUGACAGAAAUGGAUUCGAAAUAUCAGUGUGUGAAGCUGAAUGAUAGUCACUUCAUGCCUGUCCUGGGAUUUGGCACCUAUGCGCCUCCAGAGGUUCCUAAAACUAAAGCUUUAGAGGCCACCAAAUUGGCAAUAGAAGCCGGGUUCCGCCAUAUUGAUUCUGCUCAUUUAUACAAUAAUGAGGAGCAGGUUGGACUGGCCAUCCGAAGCAAGAUUGCAGAUGGCAGUGUGAAGAGAGAAGACAUAUUCUACACUUCAAAGCUUUGGUGCAAUUCCCAUCGACCAGAGUUGGUCCGACCAGCCUUGGAAAGGUCACUGAAAAAUCUUCAAUUGGAUUAUGUUGACCUCUAUCUUAUUCAUUUUCCAGUGUCUGUAAAGCCAGGUGAGGAGGUGAUCCCAAAAGAUGAAAAUGGAAAAAUACUAUUUGACACAGUGGAUCUCUGUGCCACGUGGGAGGCCAUGGAGAAGUGUAAAGAUGCAGGAUUGGCCAAGUCCAUCGGGGUGUCCAACUUCAACCGCAGGCAGCUGGAGAUGAUCCUCAACAAGCCAGGGCUCAAGUACAAGCCUGUCUGCAACCAGGUGGAAUGUCAUCCUUACUUCAACCAGAGAAAACUGCUGGAUUUCUGCAAAUCAAAAGACAUUGUUCUGGUUGCCUAUAGUGCUCUGGGAUCCCAUCGAGAAGAAAAAUGGGUGGACCCGAACUCCCCGGUUCUCUUGGAGGACCCAGUCCUUUGUGCCUUGGCAAAAAAGCACAAGCGAACCCCAGCCCUGAUUGCCCUGCGCUACCAGCUUCAGCGUGGGGUUGUGGUCCUGGCCAAGAGCUACAAUGAGCAGCGGAUCAGACAGAACAUGCAGGUGUUUGACUUCCAGUUGACUUCAGAGGACAUGAAAACCAUAGAUGGCCUAAACAGAAAUAUGCGAUAUUUGACCCUUGAUAUUUUUUCUGGCCCCCCUAAUUAUCCAUUUUCUGAUGAAUAUUAACAUGGAGGGCAUUGCAUGAGGUCUACCAGAAAGCCCUGCAUGUGGAUGGUGACACAUGAGGUCUACCAGAAAGCCCUGCAUGUGGAUGGUGACACAGAGGAUGUCUCUAUGCUGGUGACUGGACACAUCGCCUCUGGUUAAAUCUCUCCUGCUUGGCAACUUCAGUAAGCUACAGCUAAGCCCACCGGCCAGAAAAGAAAUACAAUAAUUGUGUUUUUCAUUUUGAAAAAAUUAAAUGCUCUCUCCUAAAAA